AUGUUCAUGAUCAAGGCGUCGCCCGCGACAAGGCGAGAGCUAGUGUCUAGAGCCCGGCUGCUGGGAGCGGUCGGCGUCGGAGCAACUCUUGCUCGACCACUGCAAGCGGCCGUCGGAGCACCACCACCACAAUCACCACCGGCUGCGCCGGGAUUCUCGAGCGUUCUAGUCCGAGAUGACGCUCACGCGCGAUUAGAAGACGAUGGGGUGGGACACAUCAGCACUCCUAGCGGUGGUUCAGGGUUGGUGCUUCCCGCUGUCGCCGCGAGCACGAAACGGAUCUUCCUGGCCAGACACGGACAGACAGACCUAAACAAGCUGGGAGUGUGCCAGGGACGGAAGCUGAACCCUCCGCUAAACGAAAACGGACGGCGUCAAGCGCGAACCCUGCUGAUCGAUGUAGAGCUGGAUGCUAUUCUGUGUAGCCCGCUCCGCCGCGCGAGAGAGACGGCCGGGAUAGUACGAGAGAGCCACCCCCUCGCCACCAGUUUUGCGGUGUCGGAGGAUCUCAACGAGGUCGACUUCGGGGGGGCAGAGGGGCUCCCGCAGAUGGCAUCCGCCGCCAUCCUCGCACCGUCCUACUUGGCGUGGUCCCAUGGCAGGCUCGACAAGCGGGCCGGGGUUCUCGGGGAGAGCGGGGUGAUGCUGAGGCGGAGGGGGGAGGCGGCGGCGGGGACGCUACUCGCAUCGUGCAAGGAGGGCAGGCAGGUGUUGGGGGUCUCACACUCCUCCAUGAUCAAGUUCACGUUGGCGGCGCUACUCGACGUGCCCCUGAGCACCAUCCGAGCCCUGGGCCAAGACAACUGCGCCGUCAACGCCCUAGACUUCGACACAGCAUCCGGCGUGUUUGAGGCGGUGGCAAUAAACGGCCGUCCCGUUCGAGGAAGGGCCGAAAGCUUCGGCCGCGUUGGCCCUGAAACGUGCUGACGGCACAAGGAUCCAUCCACGACUUCGUCCAUCUUUCCCUCCGAUGUUCCUGGUGCGUGGAAGCGAUAUGCUCGAGAAACGACCCACUGACCGAUAUCGUCACCUCAUUAAACCAUGGGCUGGGUCUUGCCUGUCUUUCGUGAAAACACGUGUGGUACAUACGGUGCACAAGAGACGAGCGCCCGUGUAGUGGUGGGAGAACGCGGAAAGCUGAAAUACCGCGGAUUGAAUUUUGUCAGACACCGCUGAAAGAAGUGAGAAGCAGUAGGACUUCCACGGAUUUGUGCGGAAAUCCUCGAAUAUUCCGGAAAACCAUGCAAUGCCAUGAAGCACUCUAUGGCUCCCCAAGAGGGAACCCCAGCAAAUUUUGCGUGCCCCUUGUUUGGGCGACCUUGAGGGCGAGUGUUAGGCUGAGGGGUAAGUUCGGGUUGAGUCGGGUCACCGUGUGUCCAAGAUAGGUGGUAGCUGUUUUGAAUAGGUGGUUCCACUGUUGUGGACAGACUGUGACGGGGUAUGGGUAUCGUGGAUGAUGCAACAGGGGCUUGGGGAGGCACCCGGCCACCAGCUCAAGAGUUUCGUGUUUCACUCGCUCGUUUUAGCAUGCCAGGUUGGAAUUGCGUUUGGUGCGACGCAUGCACGAAAGAAAUAGUGGAGCA